AUGGGUGCAGAUCUUGCAGAUGCAACGCCCAGGCGAUUUUCCCGUUACCCAUCUGUCCAAUAUGCACUCAAGUCAUUCUUCCCAGACCUUCCCCACCCUACUUUAAUGGAUCUCCACCCUUCUUUGGGAAACUAUGAGCACUUGCGGAUUUUUAUAAAGGUACAGAAACGAAAAGAAUUCCCCUUUGGAACUGACUGGGAGGGUAUGUUAUAUCUGGCAUGA